CCCCGGCUGACAAUUUCGCCGAUUUCUGCGUGCGAACGGGAACCACGAAACGCGACGAAAUAAAAGGUUUUCUUGGGACAAUUUACGCCGAUCGUUGGUGAUUACUUGUGCGUGCUCUGGUAAUUCGUUGAACGGGAAAGACAGUGAUUACAGUGAAAAUGUAAUUGAAUGGCCACACCGGAACGGACGAUCGAUCGCGGAAACGUCACCGAAAGCUCCGACGAAAUCAUAUACGGUGCAUCGUUGGGAUUCGUACGUUGAUUCGUCUCGAGGUAUCGUUCUCGUCGUCCAGAGGAUAUUAUCGUCGUGAUGAAACUUCACGAGAAAAAAGAGUCCGGGAUACACAGAGUGCAGGAGGUCCCGUUGGAGGAGCUGGAACUGUCCAAGGAGUACGAGGUGGAGAAAACUCUCGGCGAGGGUAGCUUCGCGAAAGUUUUACUGGCCACCCAUCGUUCUACCCGUACCCGUAUAGUAUUGAAAGCCGUCCACCAGGAACUUACCACGGAGAAGGAUUUCUUCCGGGAGUUUCAUUAUUCCUAUCAUCUUAGCCCGCAUCCGAACAUUCUGUGCUCGUACGCGGUCGCGUUCAAAGCGGACAAGUGUUUCGUGUUCGCGCAAGAGUACGCGCCUCACGGCGAUCUCGCCGGUAACGUGAGGGCCGGUGGUCUGACCGAGGAGGCAUGCAAGAGGAUCGCCGGUCAGCUUGCAUCCGCCCUCGAGUUCAUACACUCGAAACAAUUGGCCCAUCGGGACAUCAAGCUCGAGAACGUGUUGGUGUUCGCCCUGGACAUGUCGAAGAUCAAACUAUGCGAUUUCGGUUGCACCAGACGGGAGGGCACGCUGGUGAACAAAAUACGUUGCACCUGGUUGUCGUUUCAACCGCCCGAGAUCUACGAGAUCGUUAAGAACGAGAGGUACGCGUGCAAGAGGAGCGCGGACUGCUGGCAAUUCGGUAUAGUGUUGUUCGUUUGCCUGACCGGAAAUCCGCCUUGGCAGAGCGCCGAUCUGAUCCAGGAUCCGGAGUACUCGGCCUUCCAACGAUGGCUCAAGAGACGCACCACGAAAAUCCCGCCGACCUUCAGACGAUUCACGCCCAGGCUGUUGCGUUACUUCAGGCGAGUGUUCGAGCACAAACCCGAGAAAAGGCCGCACGUCACCGAGAUCAACAAGUACCUGAAGGACUCGUGGUGCGUGAACAAGAUCAGCCACAGCGCGACAUCAACGUCGGUGGACGCGAGCGAGACGAUCGCCCGCAGAGCUGACAGUUUGCUCUAUCUCGACACGAUUCUCGACGAUCAACGGAACGUCGACGAGAACAAGAACAAGCUACGAAAGCUGCUGAACAGUUACGGCCUCGAGACCACGAUCGACCAGAAAGUGGUCACGAAACGUAUCUGGGAGUGGGUGAUGCAGUGCGACUCGAACGUCGGCGAGCCAGCUUUGAUCGGCAGCCUCGGAACGGAGGGCAUGUGAGGGAUGGUCCGAGCUUCCAGCGAACCAUGCCUCAGAACCGAUCGCCGGGAACGGAAGUACAGCUUCGGCGGAUUCGACAUCGUUCGCGACGACCUGUACGCCGCCGAGACCGUCGCCACCGGCUCGUCCUUGUUCCCGCGCGUCGAACAAACCUUCGAGACGAAAUGGACGAACUCGAAACCUCGAACAUCAUUCCCGUAGGGUGACUGGCGUACCAACC